GGAGGCGAAAACUCGAUAACUCUCGUGGAGGGCGCUGCCUGGCUGCCCAUCUCCUUCACCACCUUCUCCCCUCCCCCAGCAGUCCAUCACAAGCCUCCUCCAGGCCUGCGUCUGGGGUUCCGUCCAGAUCCUGAACCUACAAAUCUCCUUUGUGCUCUCAAUGCACACAACUUAUCGUCAUCCAUGUCGAUAUUGGUGGAUCAAUGAUCUUCCACAAGAGAACUGUUGUUACGGAGCUGCUUUAACGUGCAAUUUGCCAUCACUUGCUCUCAACGUUUAUAAUAAGGUCGUCCUACCCGCUUCCAUGUGAAUCUGGACUCCCUGUCCACGACGCAUGUCAUAAACUCAAAGUGAUUCAUCCGCCCAACACCCUCUGGACUCUCAUUUCCGCCCUUUCGAGCCAUCACUGCCAUACCAACUCCUCCACUGUACUGCUAUGCCUUCACCACCAUAACCUGCACGCAAUAUCUUCGCUCAUAUGGCCGUUCUGCUUCCUGACAAACGUCGAGUACGUCCAAGGGUUACGGUACCUUCGUAGUCCGUGCACCUGUUCCGCGGUCCGCCACACGAAGGAGGGCACUGCAGGCGGUCCACAUUCCCACCAAAAAUUCCUCAGACUUUCCCCUUUCUUUAUUUAUAGAAAGCCUCGAAUAUUCAUAGAGACGAGAUCUCACUUUUCCUUCUUUCCAUAGGUCGUCGGGUCUCCCCUCCCCCUAUCCUUCUUGGCCCUGGUCUGCUGGAGUUCCUAAUUACCGCCCAUAUUCAGUAUGGGAAACGCAGCGACGAAGGAGAGCCGAUCCUCGCAGGAACACUCCGCUCGGCAUUCGCGAGGCGGAUCAACGGCUUCCACGGCAGCAUACGAUCAUUACAGGCCCUCAGAUGGUAUACAUGCUAGCUCGUCCCGCGCUCUCCGCGGUGGCCGGUCUGAUUUUGCUCUGCUCGGUCUCGGAGCUGAAAGAGAGCCAGUGGAGUAUCGUCGCGAAACAAGACAAGAGAGAGAAGCUAGGAAGCGAGAAAAGGAAAAUGCAGCCAGAAUUAAAGAGCGCCAGCGCAGCAUGAAGGAAGAGCAUGUCGAUGGUGGCUAUCUGGUGACACAAGGGGUGUAUGUUGGCACGGAGGACUUCAAUAAAGCGAUAGUAAGGCAGUUAAUGAUCGAACGACGCCUUGCCCCCUUUUGGAGAGGGUUGAAUGAUUUCUCGGAGUCAUGGACGGAGCACCAGUUGAUGGCCGCUGCUAGAGGGAUGCCAAUCCCCGCGCCAGAUGAAGUGCCCCCCGAGCUGGAAUAUAAAAUACCCUCGAAGUCUUCCGCGGAAAAGCAGCCACCAGAAAGAAAUCUCAAUACCUUAAUGGUCCCAAUAACGUCGAGAUCCCAGUCUUACAAUUCGGAUACCUCGUCGAUUAAUCGUACUAUAUCGCCCGCGCGGUCACCUGGAGCUCUGAGUCCGACUAACUCCUUUCUUAGAGGCCGUGCUAAAACGUUGGCCUCUCUGACGACAUCUUCAAAAACGCCCGCAUCUGAUAUGGCCCCUCGCGAACUUCAGCUUCCCAAGGACCCUUUUGUCAACGGACAGCCGAUCGAGGCAUACUUGUACAAAGAUGCUUCUGAAUGCCCUAUCUGUUUCCUUUAUUACCCGCCUUAUCUGAACAAGACGAGAUGCUGCGAUCAACCAAUAUGUUCGGAAUGUUUUGUACAGAUAAAACGUCCAGACCCCCACCCUCCCGAGCAUCAUGAUCCAAACAAUUCCGAAACCACCCGUCCGGACGAGCCGGAGGGACAACUCGUUUCGGAACCCGCGGCAUGCCCUUUCUGCGUCCAACCCGAAUUCGGUGUCAUGUAUACUCCACCCCCGUUCCGCCGUGGGCUAGCGUAUGCAGCCAGUCCUGGCGUCCAUGCGCUUGCUAAUUCUUCGGCUGCGUCCUCAGCGUCGUCGUUGGUCUCUGGGGGUGCCAACCCGGGUACCAGGCGGCGCGCUGUCUCGAUAUCUGCCGAUUCACCCAGCGUGAUAACUACCGACAGGGUUCGUCCAGACUGGGCCACGAAACUUGCUGCAGCGAGAGCGCAGGCCGCCAGAAGAUCCGCCGCUGCCACCGCGCUCCAUACGGCUGCGUAUAUGAUGAAUAACCCCGGGGGUCCAGGCGAGCCCAGGCGACGCGGCAUGUUGAGAAGAACCGCUGGUCAAGAUAGCCCAGGUGGCAGGACGGCACCUCCGCAUGUAAACGCAAUGGCAUACCUUGCCGAGCGACGGGUUGUCACUGAUCGCGAAAACGCUUCUCCGGUUGAUAGCACUACUAAUCUUGCUCCCCCUCGAGCUAGCUCUCGCCGUAGUCGGAUCGAUGAGCUAGAAGAGAUGAUGAUGAUGGAAGCCAUCAGGCUGAGCUUGGCUGCUGAGGAAGAACGACGUAAAAAGGAAGAGAAAGAGACCAGAAAAGAAGCCAAGCGUCGAGAGAAGGAGGCUAAGAAGGCCGAAAAGAGUGCAAAGAAGGCUGGGCUUGAUAGCCAGAAUCCGAGCAAUCUUACAUCGAGUACCUCUUCCGCCAAUUCUGCUGUUCAAACAGCAGGUGGAGCGAAUUCUGAACUCAACAUGUCCGCGAACAAAGGCAAAGGCGUAGAUCGAUCGGAGCCAAGGCCAGGUGUAUCGACUGAAGCAGGCUCUUCGACCGAACCACCAAAGAUUACCAUAAAAGACCUCAAGGGCGAGCAAUUCAGCUCAAUGCUGGAAGGCUCAAGCAAAAAUAUGCAUCUUCGCCACGUCUCUAGUGCCUCCUCUUCCAAUUCCUCGCUUGUUGAGUCUGCAUUCGGCGAAUCAAUAGGCUCUGGAACGCCGCAUAACGGGUCGAGUUCCAGUUUGGCCGCCAUUCAUGGAUUCAGAAGCCUUGCCGCAAUGAUUGAUGAUACUCCAUCGGGUGAUUCUGGUGAAAGUAUGAAUCGUCCUGGAAGCACGAACGAACAAGUACAGGGAGCUCCAGCAGCAAAGGAGCCCUCCGAAAAUUCUGCGCCAAACGAACCAGAUCAAGUUACGCUACUAUCUUCUUCCCCUUCUCUUGAACAAAAGGAUACUCUGGGUAAAGAAGUGCAUAUGUCUUCAGCGGAGGUGCUUCCGCAAUCAAGUCUAGGCACCGCAAGCUAGCUAGUCAAGACACAGGUGAUGAACGUGCCUCUUGAUGACAGGAGACUUUUGAAGCGGCUGGCUACGCAAAUGUGCUGCUGAUAUAACCUGCAAUUUUCUCCAUUUUUUUCCCCUCCUUAUGCUCCUUUCGAAGUUCAGAAUACGACGAAGUUUGCUGAUCCCGGGGAAUUAAGCGUUCUUUUUCUUUUUCUUUAUUUUUUGUGGUUCCUUUUUUCCCCUUCUCUUUCUUUCUUGCACCUUUUGAUUCGUACUGUGCUCUAGGUGAUACACUCCGGGUUUUUUGAAGCGCUGAUGUGGAGUUUUUUUUGGGACGCGGGGAUCCGGAUGACUAUGUUUUGAGGAUAACUUUUGUGGCAUGGCUGUUUCCAGUUAAUUUGUACAGGAGUAAAUGCGGUGAUUGUUUUCUCCUUUUCGUUUGCUGCUCUUUUGGCAAUUCAAUUUUUUUUUAACCCGCUCCUCUCAAGGUGAUUAUUUGCAGCUGGAGAGCUUGUUCAAGGUCGAUUUCAAAUACAGUUCCACAGAGUAUACAAGUUAACUCAAAGUUUCUUUUUUUGA